CUCAAAAGAGAGGAUCAUGAGAGCAGGAAGGCUUGUCGAGCCUUCCACGGAUGCUGGUGUAAUUUUUUGGGUUAGAAUGGCGGUGUUUUGUGUAUUUUUUGAGUUAUUUGUUAUAUCAACAGUGAUCCUUUUGGCUCCAGCAGUUUGGACGUUUGAGUUAAAUUGUAAUCGAACCAUUCGCUCACCGUCACACGUUAGAUCCCCGGAUUGGACUCCAGAUACAUUGGGUGCUUACCUGUACUGUAUGAUUUCAAUUCAAACCCCGGAACAUCUCAAGCAUUUACAAUCCGUGCCCAAGAUCACUUUUAACCGACUCAGUGUUGGUGAGCUCGGCGGUGAAGAUGGCCAUAAGUGCAUUGGGGAUCGGUACUUCAUGAUCUUGGACGGUGGAUGGGAUUCGGCCUUGAAUCCGGGACGCUAUUGCGGCUCAUACGACCAAGUGUACUCUUAUUACGCCGAAAACGAGGACGUGGAUCUACUCAUUGUGGUUGAUUCGUACGAUGAUUUCGUCGAGUAUGACAUUUCCAUCGAUUGGCUGUCCAAAGAAGAGUUGCCGGAACGAUUUGGAAAAGUGCCCAAUCUGAUUCCAAGUCUCCGAGGGAACCUGGUUCAAGGCACAGUAUGUGAGCGGGUCUUCUCCGAGUGCUCAAGGCUCUCACCGUGCCAUGUCCAGUCUCCAGGAUAUCCAGGAAUCUAUCCGAAGAACGUGCAAUGCCGAUACUAUCUAAGUGCAGCAAGUCCGCACAUUCAGCUUUAUGUGGACCCUCAAAGCCGGAAUGUGUUCGAUGUUGGCAGUCGACAAUGUGAUGACCUUUUAUCUUGUCCCAUAAGAGGUUUGAGCCACUUCGACGAUUGUCUUCUGGAUUACGUCAAGAUCUACGAUGGAUUAGACGAGCUAUCGCCUUUGAUUGGAACGUUCUGUGGUGUCGGUCAGUUCCCCAAAUCAGUGAUUGGAACGAGCAAAGAAAUGUUCCUCGAGUUCCAUACCACUCAUGAUGGACCAUUUUUAGGUACUGGAUUUGAUCUUCGAGUGGAUCAUUUUCCAGGCAUGGCACAGUCGAUCUAUACCAUCACUUCAUGUCACAAGGUGUUCAAAGUCGAAGAUUUAGAGAGUACAAAUAGCUUGGAGGGCAUUAUCAUGUCCCUUCAGCAUUGGUAUCCCCCUGGAACGAACUGUACCUACUUGAUCCAAGGCAAACCCACUCAAUUCAUUAGAUUAUACUUCCCUAGUUUUCAAAUCAAUCCCAUCGAGAAUCCUUUGGCUCAAGUCAAUGGUUAUUGUCGGGAAUCACUCAGCUUGUAUGACGACACGUGGUCAAAUGGGAUGAAGGUUAUAAAGACCUUUUGUGAGUUCUCGAAGCCUUUGGAAAACGUUGACAUCAUUUCGAAUGGGAAUUCUUUGCUUUUGAAUUUCAUUUCUCGAACUGGAAGCUACUCAGGAAGCUCCAUGACAUUUUGGGCUAAAUACGAUUUCUUCGACAAUCGUCACUAUGGCGAACCUGUUCCUGGAACAAAAUGUGACGAGAUAUUUACUGAAGACACUCCCGAACGCUACUUUGCCUCUCCCAGAAACACACUGCUUUUCAAGCCCACUAACCAAGAACAAGAUAUUCGGUGUGCCUAUCGUAUUCAAAGUCUGGGUGGACAUGCCCGCAUACGCAUUGUUUUGACUAACAUUGAUCUAAAGUCAUUUGAUAUCAUGAACGGAAAUGUCGGACCUUGCGUUAAGAAGCAAUGCGCUCCGACCCAUUGUCAGGAAAUGGACCAGAUUCAGAUCCUAGAUGGAUCCGUGGGCAACGCUUCGGUUUUCAAUCAAUGCUCCAAGACUCAAUUCCCAUAUGAUUAUUUGUCUCAUGGACCUGAUCUCUCUCUCAUUCUAAGGGUCCAUGGGAAAACUUCCUUCAUGAAUUAUUUCAAGUCCACAGCCCCAUUAUUCGAGGCUCGAUUCGAGUUUAUUCAUCCCAAAGCGUGUGGCCCAAUUGCAUUGGAGUUUUGGCGGGGACAAAUCGCCCUUCCCCCCGUGAAUAGCUACUCGUAUUGGACCCAAAGUUUGUAUCUGGACAAUCCCAGGAAUCAGGACUUUGGCCCAAUGGAAUGUGUUUGGGACUGGGUGGGUCCCAAUCAAAAUGGAACGAGUGCCCCCGUUUCAUUCGCUGUGGAAGCGUGGAACUUGCCCUCGUCCACCCCAUGCAGCAGUUUCUUCGUAGAAAUUCGUUCCAUUUCCAAAUCGUAUGGACAAUUUUGUGCCGGACAAACCAAAGCCAUUGUUCUUCCACAACAACAACAAGAACCAUCAGAGAGCACCGCUUCCGAGGUCAUUCGGAUCCAUUUCAAGAAAUUGACUUCAGUGGGAGGAUCCUUCAAUAUCAGUUGGAAAAAAUCGAUAUCGGAUUAACGCUUCCUAAAUGUCAUUUGAGUCAGCAUGUCACAUUUGAUGAGUGGGGGGAAUAUAAUGACAAUAAUCAGACGAGCAAAACUUGUUCAGCCCAUCUGCUUGCUCAAUUCUGCAUUUGCAAUUUUCGCUCCUUUUAAGCUUGAAAAUGCACUUUAAGAAACCCAAUAAUUCUCAUUCUGAAAGGCAAAAAUCCAGGCCAAAAGUAUUACAAUAGCUUGUGUAGUCGUACGUGCGCAAUUCAUUGCCCGUUGAAGUCAUCGCAAAAUGAUCUUGUCUCCACCUCAAGAAACGUCAAGGUGGAUGGCUGAGAAAUCUUGGCGUUUCCUCGCGGUUUAAUUUGUUUGUACGUACUUCCAAACCAAAAAUUGAUCGAAACCGUUGGUUUGUUUUUGAUGUCAACAAUAUAUUCAGUUCCGAUCCAAUCCUUUCAACAGUAAUGAGAAAGAAAAAGAGUAAGGGGAAGAAGGGCUCUUUAAUUUUUCAUCACAAUUGACAAUGUCAUCAAUCCUUCUCCAUUUCAUGAAAUCCUGAUUGAUGAUGCAAACUAAGUACAAAAAAUUCCAACAUACACUCAAUGGUUAACGGACUUUAUUUAGAAAAUAUAUAAUAGAGUGCUUGUACAAAAA